AUGCGCUCUGCAUUCUCGCUCCUCCGUGGCCUUCGUGCCACUCAACACUCUUUCCCUCGCACCGUCUCUCCCUCGACUUCACGAUCUCUCUCACACUUGACCUACCGCUCGACUCGUCCCUCCCUCGCCUCGUUCUCUUCUCCCCUGAACAUCCAGAACCGAGCACUCCUCCCAACAUCUACGACUACCAUCCGCCAAAACUCAAACUCCGCCCCCGCCAACAAACCCCUCACAGACCAGGAAUCCAGCGCGGCCCGCGACGCCGAGAAUGAAGAACAGAACCGCAAGCGCCGCGAAGAGGAACCCGCCUACCAGCUCGUCUUCACCUGCAAGCCGUGCGGCGAGCGCUCGGCGCAUCGUGUCUCUAAGCACGGGUAUCACCGCGGCACAGUCCUGAUUAAGUGCCCGACGUGCCAGAACCGCCAUGUCAUGAGCGACCAUUUGAAUAUCUUCUUUGACAAGAAGACCACGAUAGAGGAUAUCUUGGCCGAGAAGGGUGCAAAGGUCACGAAGGGGUAUGUGGAUGGAGAUAUGGAGUUCUGGGAUGAUGGUGUGGCGCAUAAGAGAUCUGGCUCUGGGGAGUCGUCUUCGUGA